AUGGCAUUAUAUGCGAAUAUACUAGCCCUUAUUCAGCUUCCCAGAAUAAAUAUACCUUUAGCUCUAUGGCCUUAUCUAGUUCAGUCUAUAGCAUAUAUUAAAAAUCGGACUUAUAACUCUAUUAUAAAUAAAACCCCUUAUAAGGCCCUAAUAGGCAAAAAGCCGCAAAUAGGCUAUAUUAAGAUUAUAGGGUCACUAGCUUAUAUACUAGUCCCAAAAGAGACUAGAAAGCAUGGCAAAUUAUCCGAAAAGGGUAAUAAAGGCAUAUUAAUAGGAUUUAAAUCGGCUAAUAACUUCCUAGUUUAUAUAUCUAACGAGGAAAAGGUUAUAAGCACUAAAAACGUUAUAAUUAAGGAAGAUUUACUAUAUACCGAUAAAUAUAAUAGAUCAGACAAUAAUGAUUAUCAGACGCUACUAGAAAUUAGCUAUAUAGAGGAUAAUACCGAUUUAGGAAGCACUAGCUCUAGCGCUAGCGAUUUACCUAAUACCUCUAAUAAUAAUGGCGCUAGU